AUGAAACGGAUCUACCUGCUGCUCUGCCUGAGCCUACUGACCUCCAAUGUUGCGCACGCCGCCAAUCUGCGACGCAUCGACCUCAGCCAGCUGACACAAUCGUCCAGCACACAGACGCAGCAGCAGUUGCGCGAUCUCAGCAUUAGCAGCGGCAAUGGCGAUGAUUCCGGCGAACGAGAUCUAACCACCAUAUCGCCCAAUUCCAGUGAGGACUAUGAUAGCCGGCCACAGUACAGCUUUGCCUACGAUGUGCGGGACACGCUUACCGGCGAUGAUAAGCAGCAGGAGGAGAAACGCGACGGGGAUGUAGUGCAGGGUCAGUAUUCGCUCAUCGAACCUGAUGGCACGCGACGCAUUGUGGAGUACACAGCCGAUGACAUAAGCGGUUUCAAUGCCAUCGUCUCCAAGCAACGUUUGGACGAACAGCAACGCGGUGAAAGGCUUUCAUCAGCCACCUCCACGCGCUACAAUAGUCUGGAGGAGCUGCAAUCACGACUCACCGCUCAGGCCAUAGCCGAGGUUCAGGCCAUAGCUGAUGCCCAGGCCCAAUCGCAGUUGCAGGCUGAGGCGCAGUUGCGGCGCGAGUCCGAGACACAGGCCCGCUCGCAGGCCCAACAGCUGAUGGAGCAACUGCAGCAGCAGGUGCAGCAAACAACACAGCUGCGUCAGCAACAGGAGCAACAGCGACUGCAGCAGGAGCAGCAGCUUCGUGAGCUCCAGCGCGUGCAGGAGCAGCAGGAGAGGCAGCAGCGGGUGCGAGAACAGCAGCAACGGGAAAGGGAGCGGGAACAGCGCGAAAGGGAGGAACAACAACGCCAGCGCGAGCGAGACCAACAGCUGCGCGAAAGGGAGCAACAGCUGCGCGAAAGAGGUCGUGACAGUGAACGCCGCAAUCAGCGCCUGCGUACGCAGCAAACCUUGGAUCGUCUGAGCAACGAACAGACCCUAUUGCUGGCUCAGAGUCUGCCUAGUCAGUUGCUUGGCCAGACCGUACAGGCAUCCAUUGUCUCGCAUCCACCCACACUGCUCUCCCGUCUAACGCCAGCCUCGACCAGCUCCACGACGACCUUGCUUACCCGUGAACGUGAUCUGGAUGCCUGGCGCAGCUCUCUUCGUGAUGGUCCCACCGCUCGUCUGUCCAUCGAACGCACUGGAUCCACGCCGCUGAUUGUCACCCAGCCCUCCAGCGCCUCGGUUCAGGCUCAACUCAUUAGCUCGCCGCUAUUGCUCAAUUCAGCCAACUUGAAUGGACUGAUUACCACGCGUUUGAAUGGCAAUGCGGCACGAAGCGGCACUGCCCUUAGCUGGUCUGACGGCAGGCGUCUGUUGGGUAACGAUAUAUUGGUGUUAGACCGACUCGAUGAUGCCGAACGACGCCGAGAGGACAUCAGGCGCGAUGAGAACCGCAGGGACGAGACGCGUAGGGAUGAACUGCGUCGCGCAGAGAGUGAGGAACGCUCCAGCAGCAUUGAGCGCAACAGCGGUGCCAGCCGUCUCAUUGACAACCGCAGCCAGUGGUAA